AUGUUGCAGAGGAAGCAGGCGGCCUCAAAAUCCACCUUUCGUAAUAAGAUAAAGGAAGGUCUCAGUGCCCUGAAUUCGGGGGAUAGGAGACCGGUAACAAGAAGGUCUAUCCCCUGGUGUCCUGUGAGGCUGGGCUGGCGGCUCUCCGCCACGUCUGCAGAGCUCCAGCGGGACGAGGUGGCCGCAGCAGAUCGCCAUGACGCGAGCUGCCAGAGGAUGUUAAGUCAGCCGAGUGAAGUCACGGACGUUCGGGACUCUUCCUGCCUUCGUCGAGGUCUGAAGGCUAGGGACGGUGACGCGCCUCUGGCAGGCAGUCUUGCUAGUAGCAGAGCAAAGGAGCCUAGUCUAGGCACUGGUGUCACAGAACCGCCUGAAGUAAGGGAGAGCGCUGUCAACAGAAGAGCGUUAGCAAAAGUAAUAGGUUUUACUCCUGAGAGCAAAGAGGAGGUUCAGGCUGCCAUUGCCUUGAGUCUGCUGAAGUCCCCCAAAGUUCAGGCCGGUGGAAGGACUCUUAGAAGGCAUGAGGCAAUCUCUGCUGAAAGUAAACGCUCUAAAAGGAAACACUGUGAAGUCUGGGGAGAGAAUUUCAACCCCAAUGAUUGGAGGCGAGUUGACGGCUGGCCAGUUGGACUGAAAAACGUUGGCAAUACCUGCUGGUUUAGUGCUGUUAUUCAGUCUCUCUUCCAGUUGCCGGAACUUCGAAGACUCGUCCUCGGUUAUAGCCUGCCCCAGGAUGCAUUUGAAAAUUGUCCAAGUCACAAAGAAAAGAGAAACAUCAUGUUUAUGCAAGAGCUUCAGCGUCUGUUUGCUCUGAUGAUGGGGUCAAACCGCAGAUUUGUUGACCCUUCGGCGGCCCUGAAUCUCCUGAAGGGAGCCUUCCAGUCAACCGAGGAGCAGCAGCAGGACGUGAGCGAGUUCACCCACAAGCUUCUGGACUGGCUGGAGGACGCGUUCCAGCUCACCGUGCAAGCCGACAGCGGUCCCAGGGACAACUCCAAAAACCCAAUGGUGCAGUUAUUCUACGGUACUGUCCUCACCGAAGGGGUUCGCGAAGGAAAGCCCUUUUCUAACAGCGAGACCUUCGGCCAGUAUCCUCUUCAAGUGAACGGCUAUUGCAACUUGGACGAGUGUUUGGAAGGGGCCAUGGUAGAGACUGACAUUGAGCUCCUUCCUUCCAGUCAUCCCGUGAAGUAUGGACAGGAGCGUUGGUUCACAAAACUCCCUCCAGUGUUGACUUUUGAACUCUCGAGGUUUGAGUUCAAUCAGUCUCUCGGUCAGCCAGAAAAAAUUCACAAUAAACUGGAGUUUCCUCAGGUCAUUUACAUGGACAGGUACAUGCACAGAAACAAAGACCUCGUUCAGAGUAAGAGAGAGCGCAUUCGGCAGCUGAAGGAGGAAGUGCGAGUCCUGCAGCAGAGACUGGAGAGCUGCGUGAAGUACGACCUGAGCCCGGCUCCGUUUCCGCUCGUGGACGUGACAUCGCAAAGUGACACAAAUGUGACAUUGCCACUUUCUUCAGCGACAAGUAAAGAAAGCUCUCUGGAUAUUGCAGGUAUCUUCUCUGAAGAUUCUCUGUCCAAGUCUCCCCCCGAGAAGAAGCCACUGACGUCUUCCUGGCCUUCAGGGGAAAUGCCUGCUACCCCAGCUCCCCAAACAGCCACGGAUGAGAUAAACUUUGUUAAGACCCGUCUCCAGAGACGGAGCAGUGAGAUUGAACGAGAUAUAGAGGAUUUAAAGAAUUCUAUUGCAAGCACUAUCCAGAGCAUUAAGCAGAUGUAUUGUGAUCCUCUCCUCAGUCAAGUGCCUUAUCGCUUGCACGCAGUUCUUGUUCACGAGGGACAAGCAAACGCUGGGCACUACUGGGUCUAUAUCUAUAAUCAACCCAGGCAAGUCUGGCUGAAGUACAAUGACAUCUCUGUUACUGAGUCUUCCUGGGAAGAACUUGAAAGCGAUUCCUACGGAGGCUUGAAAAAUGCUAGCGCUUACUGUCUGAUGUACAUUAAGGAUAAGCUAUCGCUCUUCGACGCGGAGGCGGGUGAAGGUGGACCAGAGCCAAUGCCGGGAGACUUGGAAGUCUUAUCUGCUGAACUUCAGCACUACGUUCAGGAAGACAACCGGAAAUUUGAACGGGAAAUCGAGGAGUGGGAAGAAGAGCGGUCUCGGAAGAUGACUCAGAUGGAAUCCUCCGCCAGUUCCCUGUCGCGGGAUUUCUCUCCAUCCCAGCAGCACCCUGUAGCCUCGUACGGGGUCCGUGGCUUGCCCUCCGGGCCCGUUACAAUCGUCAGGGAGCCGACCGCCCAGGCCGCCGCAGCCACAACGCGUGCCUACGGGAAGAGCGGCGUGGGAGCGGUCUGGGGCGAGGCGUUCCACGAGAAGUACUCCAGGCUCUAUUAG